AGUUAAAUUUUUUAACUUCUCGAAAGUCCUUCAAUUUUCAAAAUGAGCCAAUCCUUGAUACUCGCUCUUUUGGCCCUGCUCGCUGCCAGCAAUGCGGCAUCCGUGGACCAAGUCCUUGAUCAGCAAUGGCGUGAUUUCACUCUGGAGCAUCGCAGAAUCUACCAGAACGCCGCCGAGGAGCGCUUCCGCCUGAAGGUGUUCAGUGAGAACAGAAACGCGAUUAUCGAGCACAACCAGCGAUUCGCUGCUGGUAAGGUGAGCUUCAAGCUGGCGAUCAACGAGUACGCUGACCUAACGAGCGAGGAGUUUAACGAGCUGAUGAAUGGCUUUAACUUUAACUUCACGCAGCAGGUUACAGACGCCAGUUGGGACGAUGUGACCUUCUUCUCGCCAGAGUUCGUCAGCCUGCCCAGUUCUGUGGAUUGGCGCUCCAAGGGCGCCGUUACGCCCGUGAAGAAUCAGAAGCAGUGUGGCAGCUGCUGGGCCUUUGCUAGCACGGGAACCCUGGAGGGUCUGCAGUUUCGCAAGACCGGGAAGCUGGUUGCCCUGUCCGAGCAAAACCUGGUGGACUGCUCCACAAACUGGGGAAAUCAGGGCUGCCAAGGCGGCUUCAUGACCAACGCUUUCAAUUACAUCCGGGAAAAUGGCGGCAUCGACACAGAGGUCUCGUAUCCCUAUAAGGGCAUCAAUGACAAGUGCAAGUACAACAAGGCGGCGAUCGGAGCCACAGUCACGGGAUUCAGAAUACUGCCCAAGGGCGACGAGAACAAGCUGGCCGAUGCGGUGGCCAACAUCGGACCUAUUUCGGUGGCCAUUAACGCCUCCCCCAGGUCCUUCCAAUUCUACUCCAAGGGAGUGUACAACGAGCCCGCCUGCGAUUCCGAGAAGUUGAAUCACGGCGUCACGGUUGUAGGCUACGGCAGGGAGGCCGGCAAGGACUACUGGCUGGUGAAGAACUCCUGGGGCACCAGCUGGGGCGACAAGGGCUACAUCAAGAUGCUGAGGAACGGGAAGAACCAGUGCGGCAUCAGCACCAUUCCCGUCUAUCCGACGCUUUAGUGGA